UUUUUUUUUUUUCUUUGUAAUAAAUUACAUGUAUUUUUAAUUAAUGGUGACAUUAAGAGAUAUAAUAAGGGCUAUUACACAAGCUGUUCGUACUGCAACAAGUGAUUCAGAAGGACAGUCAGCUCUUGAUAUUAUUGAACAAUACAUUGAUGAACAAUCAAGUGCAAAUAUUGGAACUGCUGCAACACCAUUAACCAUCAUAGACUCUACAGCUAUUGAUAAACUAUCCCAAGAACUUAUUACUUUAUAUGAGAAUACAAUUAACACAGAUGGAUCAGCUACCAUCAUUUCUAGUAGACCAGAAAUCAAACGUAUUCAAGCUCAACAUUUUAUUCUUUUGCGGUCAUUAAGAGCUUUAUUGCCCUUAUUACGACCUACAAGACUAUUUGAAGACUGGUGGAAACUAUUGAAGCCUAUUUUAUCAAUGUCAUCUUUUACAAAUCAGAUCAAAAAGGAAACACGAUUGAUCGUUUCAGAUGCAUUGAUUUUGGAACAGGAAUUAGUACGCAUGAAGGAAGUAGGCGAUUGUGUUUAUUUUCAUAGAUUAGUGAGCAUGUAUUUGGAAUGGACAGAGAAGAAAAAGGAAGAAAUGUUGGAAAGGGACGAAACAAGCAAACAACAUCAGGCUUUAUUGGAUUUAGAACAAGAUGAAUGGUCAAAAAACUUGAUGACCAUAUUAUUAUCUGUGGGUGCUUCAGAAACAAAGAAAUUCUUUUUUCUUUUAAAUGGAUAUUUCUUGUCAAGUAAAUAUCGUUUACAAAUUGUGUAUUUAUUAAGUGAGUUUAUGAGAAGAAGGAGAACACAUUUACAUGAAAUUCUGGAUACGCCAUUAUUUUAUUCCAUGUUAAAGUCAUUAAUGUAUGAUAAUUCAACUACUUUGAUAGCUAUUUCUGUUACAAACUUAAUCAUGUUAUUGCCUCGUAUGUGUACAUCACUUCCUCAAUUUUUACCUCAAUUGUUCUAUAUUUUUGCUCGAGCUAUUUGCUGGGAUCAAUUAAGAGACAUGAGAAAGAAACAGAGUACAGACUCUUUUAGUUACAACAACUUACCACCUACUCGUACAAUAGAAGAUGGAUGGGAUUGUGUUGACUAUACUUUUUCAAAAUUAUCAGCUCCACCUUCAAAUCCUCAAACAGGAGCAUUCUUUACUUCGUUAUAUGGCCUUUAUCCAUGUAAUUUUCUUAAAUUUUUGCAUAGACCCUAUGCUUACUUUAAAGAAAAUGAUUUCAAGUUACCAGAAGAAUUUGAUGAAGAAACAUUCAAGUCAAGAACAAUUCCUCAAGUAAAAAGACACAUGUUACAUCCAAACUUAGUCGUUAUGGACGCUCAAACUGAAUUGACAGAUAAAACAAGAUGGAUGAAAAUGGAGCCACCUGAUGUUAUUGCUCAAAUAAUGGGAUUAGACUUAACAAAUGCUGCUUCUCGUGUAGCUUUUUAUGAAGAAGAUCAACAACAAGAACAACCUGAUUUAUUGGAUGAAUCUUUAUGGAAUAAUACAUCCAAACUGGAUGAUAAAUUAGAAUUAAAACAAGACGAAAAUCAGCCAUCUCUUAUGUCAAAUAUUGUUCUACUUCAUAAGGCUCUCAAAAGUGGAGCAGAGGUAUUAGUAGGAGAUGAUAUUUGGAAUGCUGGUUUAGAACCAACAAAGACAACAACCACUUGCUUACAUUCAAAUCCAGUAGCAAACGAUGAAAUGGAAUCAGAGACACGACUUUUAGUAGCAGCAUUAAAGAGAGAAGUUCUUUUACUUCGAAACGAAUUAAACUUUGAAUUGUUUUUAAAGCAACAACAUCUUCAACAUAUAGGAAGACUUCAUCGUGAACGUGUCUUGGACACAUCUGUAGAAGCUGAAAGACAACAAUUAUAUAAUACGACACGUAUGCUUAAAGCACAAUUAAACCAAACUACAUCCGCUCUAACAAAAUUAAAAGCAGAGACAGCUCUAACAAAGCAAAAACAUAUUAAAUGGGAGGAUGAACAAUCCAAUAAACUACGUAGUUAUCGUGAGCAACGAAAGGAAUGGCAGAAUCAAAUGGCACGUGUUGAGCAUCAAGUCCUUGAUUAUAAAAAACAAUUAAGUGAACAAAAGAUUGAAUUAGAGAGAGCAUGUCAGCGUAUCUUUGAACUAGAGAAUGAACUAAAGACAUUAGAGCCUACAUUAAAACAAGUGACAGAAAAUGAACAUCGAGUGAAGCAAUUGACACAACAGAUGUUAUUAUGGGAGGAAGAUACGAGUCGUAUGGAAGAACAAAAGAGUUAUAUUAAAGGGUUAUUAUCUCAAUGGUGGAGUAUGGAAGAAUUAGUUGUGAGUUUACAAACAGAAAAUAGAAGACUUCAAGAAGAACACAUUCGCAAGGAUGAAUAUCUUGAAAAAUUAAAAGUUCAAUGUACAAAUUAUCAAACAAAGAUAGAUAGUUUUAACACAACUUUUAGCAAAGAAAGUGAAACGAACGAAACAGAAAGAUUACGCAACAUAUUGAAUGAAAUCAAGUCAAAAUAUGAACAAUUGGAGAUGGAAAAAUUGGAAUGGAAUGCCCAAAUAGAAGCAUUAAAAUAUAAAGCAAAUCAACAAGCAGAGUUGACUUUACAAGCCGAAUAGUAUACAAGAUUUCUAUACCCUCUUUACAUUGCUACUAAAGUAUAAGAUUUAUUCUUGAUUAAAUAAAGUAAAUAGAUAAUUAUGUAUUAUUCAUCUGUACUUUUAUUAUUAUUAUUAUUCGUAUUGAAGUACAUGGUUUUCGCCUUUUUUUUUUUUUUUUUU